AUGUCUCAGGCUUCGAGAGCAUCAGUAAUGUCAUCAGUAGAUACACGCUUAAUAAAGCGUGUUUCCAUCGCCGAUAGAAACUUAAACAGAACGAGGGGCAUGGAGGUUGGAAUAGGUGCUUUUGCAUUUCUUUUUUCGGAAAUGUUACAGUAUGCGCAAAAGCGUGUGCUUGGAAUUCAGGAUCUCGAACGCAAACUAAAUGAUUUUGGCUAUCGAGUAGGAACACGCUUGCUAGAAUUAACUGUGUGGCGAGAAAAAAAUAGUAAGAGAGAAACGCGAGUUUUGGGUAUAUUGUAUUUCAUUCAUACGACAGUCUGGAAAGCCCUUUUUGGCAAACAAGCGGAUUCUUUGGAGAAGAGUACAGAGCAUGAAGACGAAUACAAUGAUCCGCUAAUAAGCAAAUAUAUUUCUGUACCUAAGGAAUUAUCACAAUUAAAUUGUAACGCGUUUCUUGCAGGAAUUGUCGAAGCAAUUUUAGAUGGUGCCCAAUUUCCAUCUCGGGUGACCGCUCAUUCUCUGCCUCAAGAGGGUUUUCCAUUACGUACUACAAUAUUGAUUCAAUUGGAUAAAGAAAUUCUUCAAAGAGAAGAACAACUUAAAUAA